AUGACAUAUGUCUAUAUACAAAGGUCUUCUAUAAACAAAAGAAGGAUCACCCUGAGUUGUAAGGGAGCACUUAUUACUCAGAAUCUGAUCGUACUUAGGCCUACUGUAGUAGGUGUCACAGGAAGCCAACUCAGAUCAGCGUGGCCCAGCGAGACUUAUAGAAGUCCCAGAGGCUUUGAAAACCCAGGAAAUCUAUGCUACUGGAAUGCGGCACUCAUAUUUCUGUUGCAUAUGCCCGAUUUAUGGAAUUGGCUCAGGUGUUCCUAUCAACCAAGUCACGACCUCGAGAAUUGCGGCUUUUCGAACGGUUGUUUAGGGUGUCAAUUGUGCCGUCUAUAUGAAGUCUAUUGGCUCGAAUCUCCACGCGAUCUUGAAUCAUGUCUUGGGGUUCUCUGGCUGCAUAUCCAAAAAGCUGCUUGGAAAGGGCGGGAUAUUCGAGAACAGCAUGAUAUAUGUGAGUUUCUAGACGCCUUAAUUGCGCGGCUGUACGCCGAUAGUACGGAGAAAUCAAGAGCCGAUCUUGAGAGCAUGUUCCAAAGCAUUGUCGCCCGAGAAGGUCAAUGUUCCCAGUGCGGGCAGCGGAAGACUCUACCAGCGAGUAUGAACUGGUGGCUUAUUGCGAGUUUUCCAGAAGACCUUUGCCCGGGCUCUCAUGGGCUACUCAAGACAAUAGAGAACAACCUGCGUCCGACAUCUCUGCAAGUGGCUUGUCGCGGCUGUGGUGGUUCUAGAACUAAGCACGAAAUCAGUCAAGAUAUUGUUCUUUACCCGGAAGUUAUCUUUGUUCAAAUCAACCGAUUCCAGCAUGAUAAACAGAAGAAUCAAGACUAUGUCUGCAUCGAAGAGACCUUGACCUUUCCACCUGAGAUGAUACAAUAUCAGCUUUUUGCGUUUGUCAAUCAUCUGAGUAGAAACAUCGACCACGGCCAUUAUAGUUGCUUCGCACAGGGCCCGUAUGGUGACUGGGCUUGUUUCAGCGACGGCAUAGUAUCCGCCAAAACACUUGCAGCACUCAGGUCUCACGAGAAGAACCGCAAGGAUGUAUACGCGCUAGCUUAUCGCCGGACACAACCUUUGCCAGUGCGAUCAGUACCGCCACUUAUACCAGAUUUUGAAGAGGAGGGCCAGUUCAUUGAACAAUCUCCCAGUGAGGUCACAUUGGACGAGAUGAUCAAGUUCGAGGGAAGAGCCGUUCGAUGGACUUUCAAGCAACAGCUGGCACCUCCUGGUGAUAAUGGAGCUUUGAUCAAGUUGAAGUCAGCCAGAGCCAGAGUGCAGCGGGCACAGGUACGAAUUAGGCUCACGUCCACAACAGGCGAAGUCCUUGAAGGCCAAGGGAUCAUUCCCCUCCAGCCGAAUAUCAUUCCCGCGCAACCGGUAAGUAAGACAGCCAGACCUCGGGGUGUCCUCAAGAGAAAGUUGCCUAAGCCCAAGAUUCCCCCAGGUCCUCCACCCUUCACACGAUCCGCCGCAAAGCGUCUGCAGCAAAGCCGCGGAGUGGCUGGUUGACACCUUAUGCCUAUUGCUUGGGUUGUAUUUAGAUUGUGGUAAUCUGCUGCCAUAUAGUAUACGACCGAUAUGUUGUUUGUGCUCCAUGGUGGGAUUAUUCUGGCUUUAUUGUCUCCGUCGAGUCCAAG